UGUGGAGUGAUUGUAUUUUAUUGAAAAGUUAAAUAACUUUUAACCCUUUCUCCUCUCCAGACCGUCAUCAUGAAAUUUGUGGCUCUCGCUCUCACCCUUGUGUUCGCCGUUGGCUCGCAGGCUGCCUCCCUGCCUGACGAUGCAUCUCAAUAUCUGGCAAACAUGAGGGCCUACAUGGAUAUGUACUUGACCCAGUUGAAGGACAGUACCACAAAUGCCCUGCAACAGAUCGACGAUCCUGCUCUAAAGGCUAAGCUGGUUGAGCGUGUGGAUAACGUUCACACACAGAUCAAGACAGCUCAGGGUGCUGUUGCCCCCAUGACCGACACUGUUGUUGGAACAGUCUUGGAGAGCACCGCCGACUUCCAUGGAAAGAUCAUUGCUGAUGUUGAAGCCCUGAAGCAACAGCUUGUGCCUCUCCGCUCCAAUCUGGAUACGAUUGUCAACAAACACCUGGAAGAGUACAAAUCCCUGCUCGGCCCCAUCCUCCAAGAAUACUCCAGCAUGCAGAACACUGGAAUGGAAAUGCUUAAGACCAAGCUGGAUCCACUGCUUCCCGAACUCAAAGAGAAAUUUGACACCAAUGUGGAGGAGACCAAGGUCGCCCUGAUGCCCAUUGUGGAAGCUGUGCGUUCCAAGGUUACUGGAUGGGUGGAGGAUGCUAAGGGCAUUGCUGAGCCCUACGUCGAAGAAUACAAGGAUAAGAUUAACCAAGUUAUCACACAGUUGCGUAGCAUCAGCCAGGAGGAUAUGGCUGCCCUGAACGCAAAGGUUGCACCUAUGGCCCAAGAGAUCACUGUCAAGCUGAACGAAAUCAUGCAGGCCGUCGCUGGUACCAUGGUAAAGGCAUAAAGCCUCUGUCCCAUGUUCCCGCAACCAACCUCCCCUCCCACUCCUCGUCUUUCUGAAGAUCCAUUCCACCUUUCUCUCCAUUCCAACUUUCCUCACGGAAACCUCCCCAGUGACGCCGAAGCCUAACUGAUGCAACGCUUUGCAACAAAAUGGCGAGACUCUUGCUCUCUCUACCAGGCAACACUUUUGGGUGCACAUGCAGGCUCAACUAGACACGUACAUGUACUCACACAUGCUUCACUCUGUGCAUGCUGUGGCAUAUUGCUCACAUUUUGUGUAGGAAAUGUAUGUGAAUUACAACCAAGUACCUGAACCUCUGUGUAAUGAUGCUUGUCUGAUGAAAAACAGAUCAAUAAACAUCUGACUGUUAAAUACAA